UCACUGAUAUUAUCUGCUGGUUGAUGAUUGGAUGUGAGCUAACAGCAGCUACAGUUGUACCUCUGGUGCAAUCACUGUUCAGCACCACGGACAGCUCCCAGAUUCAUUCACAAGAAAUGAUAAAAAUCUGAUCAUGAAAUGUUAAAAAUAAAAAUGUAUUGUGUUUUUACUCCUGUUGCAUCACUUAUAAUCAACUUUUAAUCCUUAAUUUGUGUCUUUAAUCACAAAUUUAAGAUAAAUAUCCUCACAGGUGAUCACAUCUAUCUGAAGGAGCCUCUUUAUUUUCCCCUCCUUUAUUUUCUGUCCAUCACAGCAUCCCCAGCUGUCCCUCGGGGGGGACUAUAUUGCCUCGUCGUCGUCGUCGUCUCGAUAAGUUGUCCAGUUUCCAAACCGGUCCCUGUGCUUGCAUUGACGUCAAAGGUGCAGGCUGGAUGUAUAAAACCGGUCCGUCCUCUCUGUCGACGCUCACACCGACCUGAGACCAGCGCCGGUCCUCCCGCAGAGUUCAGCUGCAGCAUCCGGAGAGAAGAAAGACAUGAAGUCAGCCCCCCUGCUCCUGCUCCUCUCCUCGGUCCUCCUCUCGGCUCACCUCCGCCCCGCCGCCGGCAGACCGCGCGUCCUCCUCCCCGGCUGGCUGGAUGACAGCGGCCGCCUCCAGACGCAUGAGCAGCUGGACGAGGUGCUCCUCAGAGCGGCUGCCGCGGGUGACAGCGCCGCCUCAGAUGUACUCGGAGAAAACCUCCUGAGGUUUCUCCAGAGGAGGAACCCGGACUCACUGCGCCUCCUCCUCCCGCCCGAGGAGGAGAUGAGCGAGCAUGAGGCGGCGGUGAGGGAGCAGCUGCUGAAACGCAGCGAAGAGCCGCCGCUGUCCAUCGACCUGACCUUCCACCUGCUGAGGAAUAUGAUCCAGAUGGCGAAGAUGGAGAGCCAGAGGGAGCAGGCUCAGCUGAACCGCAAAGUCCUCGACGAGGUCGGGAAGUGAAGCUCUCACCCUCUACAUAUAUUUUUUAAAGAAAUGCCUCAUGAAACAGCCCGACAGCUGUCUAAGUAAUCAAGACCUCCGAGUGACUGAUUAGUUGUUGUUGUUCGUGCGCCUGCCUUCGUCUCCAAAACCAUUUUACGCACAGACGGUGCCAAUUUACGCAUCACAGCACGCGAGAGUCAAACAUCAAACCUUCAGUUUUAUUUAAAGACUUUGUUGGAAAAUAUGGAAACAGACUUCUUCACCUUCACCUCCACCCUCCUCACACCACACACCUUUUUCUUUUUGGGAAACGUCGAUGCUCCAUCUCUGGAUUUCACUCGUUAAUAUUUAAUCUGGAGUCAUGUGAUUUAAAGUUUGAUUCUAAAUGAAUCACAGCAGGCUGAGCUGAAUAUCUCCAAACGCUAAAUUACAGCCUGACUUCAUUUGUCCUGGAGCUCAGUGUUGAUGUUUGUGUGGAACAUUUUACUGAUGCUCCUGAAAUGUGAGGUACAUUUAUCUUAACUACUGAAUAAUCUGAAAAUGAAUCAAUCUUCAGUGUUUUAUGGUUCAGACAGACGUUUCUCCACGUUUUACUCAAUCAAAAUCAAAAUUACUCAAAUAUUUUUGCUUUUUAAAGUUACCUCAUGAAAGAUCAUUGAGAGGAGUUAAAUCUGGGGCUACUGGACUCUUCAGUUCUGGCUUGUACCCACCAGAAAACUAAUUUAGCUGACCUGAAGAAGCCUCUUGGACGAGAGGCGAAACGUCUUGAACCACGUCCAGCUGUCUCAGAUUGAACUCUUCUCAAAGAACCUUCACAGACUUCAUCUAAGACACUUUAUUCUGAUCCGUCCUGUUCGUUUUGAUUGAUUGAAUACAGUUUUCCUCUAAAGGAGCAAAUUAAGUCACCAAUAAAAAAAAUCCAAAUCUAGAUUCUGGUGUGUCUCAUUUGGAGACUUGAGCCACAUUAUGAAUGUUUUAAAACUUCUAGAACUCUACAAGAGAAAAAAAUCCAAUGUUCCUCCAACUUUCCUUUGUUUUCUCUGACCUCCGAUUAUUUUCAGCUCUCUCCUUCCUUUCAUCCUCUUUCCUGUUUCCUUUGUUAGUUUGAGCGGGAGCAUUAUCACCUGUACUGUAUCGACUGUAGCAUGCUAAUCUACAAGAAAAAGAAGAAAAAAAAAGAAGCUUUAUUUCAGCGGAAACGUUCCCGUCUGACUCUGAUCACUCUGUUUUUGUUUUAGCAAAGGAACAAAAAGCUUUUUUUGCCAUUUAUAUUUUGUAAUAAAAAAGUUUGAAAAAAAGUUUGGGAUUUUGUUCUUGUGCUGAUGAUAAAUGUAUUCAUCGAUUAUAAAAUACAACUUCUGUCUGACUGCUGCGUGGUUCAAGUGUCAUCCGAUGUUUUCCCAAAGACGAUGCUGAAAAAUAAAAAUACUGGAAGCCAAAAACUUUUACUACACUCACUACAGGCCAGACUUCAUUCAAAGUUAGUUAGUGUCCAUAUCAUGUUCCUCAGAGGAUGAUU